UAGGCGGUGGCUUGCGGUGGCAGCAGCUGCGAAAGCAUUUAAUGCCCCCCCAUCCUCCUUUCCAACUCUCUCACUGAAAGACAGUGGUCAUUUUCCUCUCUACCACCUGCAGCCUAACGCCAAACUAAGAGGACGCGACCAGGACAUGAUAUCUUGACCGACAGGCCAUCUGUGAAUCAGACCAGGAGGUGUGUCGACUGUGGUCCACAAGGUCCACAAGCAACAAACUAAGGAUACAGGAACGAAGAGCUUAAUGACUGUACAGGGCACUUUCUACAAGACGCAGCUGGAACAUUUUGAGGACAUCACUUUAAAGUAAACAGAGACACAAUGCUUUAAAGGAAGCAAUUUUUACAGAGAGAGCUAUUUUUUAGGAGAUCCCAAAGAAUACAAAGCACCGUCAUUCAAAACAGAUAAAGGCUAACAUCAUAAUGGAUAUUUUUGGUGGUGCUCCUCGUGUUUUGGGCUAUCCACGCCCUGUACUGGCACAGUGUGGGACAGAUGCAACACUGAGGUGCCAAAUCGGUGGGGACCCUCGUCCAGAUGUAAUCUGGGAACGUAAAAAUGUCCAGAUCUUGUCUGAGGGACGGUACAGGAUCUCGGAAGAGGGAAAAGCUUACUUGUUAACCAUCACUGGAGUGACCGAGGAGGACGCUGGCCAGUAUAUAUGUAAGGCUCGAAAUAAUGUUGGUGAAACCUAUGCAGCAGCCUCGCUCAAAGUGGAAGGGGAGGCCCAGCCACAAAGUGGGGACCAAAGGCCAUUGGGGGUGAAUGGUGUAGAAAAAGUAAUCAAAGAAAAUGGAGUGCACUUAAAUGGAUACUGCGCAACAGAAAAUGGUGAACACGGGAAAGGAAAUGGGGCGGAAAUGAACGGUGAGCUCAAGAGGAACAGCAAGUUAAGUGAAAAACGGGAGGAGGUCGAUUUGACAUCUGAUGACAAACCACGAUUCCUCAUCAAGCCGCUGUCUCUGCGCGUGGAUAGGGGAGAGGAUGCCGCCUUCUCCUGUAAAAUUUGGGGCACGCCGUUGCCUGAGGUGACUUGGGAGAAAGAUGGAAAGAAGCUGAAUGACAUCUUCGAAAGUUCACACUUUAGCAUAAGCAAUCAAGAUGGCGGUUGGUUCCAGCUCAAAAUCUACAGGACUCGCAUGCCGGACAAAGGAGUCUACACCUGCAAAGCUGUGAACAGCCAUGGUGAGUCCUUGGCUGGUGCUGUCCUUCUUGUCGAGCCAGUACCCGAGCGAGAGGAGAGUAAAAUGUCCUCAAACGGCCAAACUAACAGCCAGUGGUCACCGAAGCACAGGGGUGGGCGGCUCAGUUUGUCAAGGAUCACAGAGGAUCCACUGGUCAAUGCGUCCAAAGUCAAGAAGUUUGCUGUAGCAGAGGGGAAGCACGCCAAGUUUCGCUGCUGUGUGACAGGAAAGCCAAAACCCGAGAUCAUCUGGAAGAAAGACGGGGUUCUCCUAGAGCCCGACAGACGUCAUCUGAUAUUUGAGGACAGAGAGGGUUACUACACACUAAAGGUACUGUACUGCAAAAUGCAGGAUACAGGCCUGUAUGUGUGUGCAGCAUCCAACGCUCUUGGAAACACCCUUAGUGCUGUUCACCUGUCUGUCAAAGGCUCAGCUGUGCGGUUUAAGCGCCCACUAAAAGAUGUGGAGGUGAAGGAGAGGGAUUUUGCUGUACUGGAGUGUGAGGUACCUGAUGAGUCAGUCCCUGCUGCUUGGUACCUUGAGGACCAGAGACUGAUGCCGAGCAGUAAGUACGGUAUGGAGCAGAAAGGAACCAAGAGGAGGCUCACCAUUCAGGAUGUCGGAACAGACGACGACGGAGUCUACCUCUGCGAGAUGCCUGACGGAGCAAAGAGCAUUGCGGAGCUAUCAGUUAAAGGCACUAUUGUUCGUAAACUUCCCCGGAAGUUGGAGGUCCUGGAGGGUGAGAACGCAGCAUUUUGCGUGGAGGUGGAGAGUGACGAGAUGGAGGUUCACUGGUUUAAAGAUGGUCUGAAACUACACGAAACGCACCAAACUAUCCUCAAGUCUUUUGGCAAAACUCAUAUUCUGGUCUUUGUCAACGUGGCCUAUCACGACUCGGGGGUAGUCACAUUCAUCACAGGAAGAUCCAAGACUUCAUCGCGCCUCAAGGUCAAAGCCACAAGACACUGCCCUCCUAUCUGCCCUGUGGGAGUCCAAAUGGACGUAGACAGACCCAACAGUGCUCUGCUCACCUGGGUUCCCGCCCCCAACAGCCAGACCUCCACCCGCUCUAUCUUUGUGCUGGAGAGAAAAGAAGUGGGUUCUCAGGAGUGGCAGAAAUGUUUCACCUCAGAGACCGCCAACUCAGCUGAGGUCAGUGGGGACAGUGUCCCGUGCGAAGGCGACUACCGCUUCAGAGUGUGCUGCAUCAACAAGUACGGGCGAAGCGGCCAUGUGGAGUUCCCCAAAGUUGUCCAUCUUAUUCCUGGGCCAAAGAUCUGCACCCACCUCCGAGGCUGCGAGGUUGUAGAAGGAGAAGACGCUCAUUUCUCCAUCGAACUGUCGGCCACUAUGGUUGGAACCUGGUUUCUGAACAGCGCUCAACUGCAGCAUGGUGGACGAUUUUCAAUAAAACAAAACCAGACACAACAUUCACUGGUGAUCCAUGACAUCCACAUGACGGAGGAUGCAGCAGAAGUCACGUUCAUAGCAAACGGAGUCCGCGAUUCAGCUGUGCUCAGGGUUAAACCUGCUGUGAUCAAGUUUAGUCCCCUGUCAGAGCUAGACAGCAAUAAGAGGGUGGACAUGGGUGAUGCCAUUGUCCUCUACUGUGAAGUCUCCCACCCCUACGCGAAGGUGUCCUGGUUCAAAGAUGGCGAGGAACUCCAGGUGAACGAUGGCCUCAACAUCCAAUCAGACGGGAAUAUGAGGAGGCUCGUGAUCCAAUCGGCUGAGGCAUCUCAUUCUGGAGUUUAUACAUGUGAAACAUCAGGGGAUAUCAUAGAAUUCAAUGUGGAAGUUGCAGGUCCUCCUGUGGAGUUCAGUCCAGUCCCAGAGGAUGAACUUCACAAGAGCAGCAUGGAGCUGGACCCUGUGGUGCUGCUCUGCCAUGUUUCUAGAGAUGAUGCUGAAGUAGUGUGGUAUAAGGACGGCUGUGAGAUUCAGCCAAGUGACAAUGUCACCCUGCAAGCAGAGGGGACCCUGAGGAGGUUAAUCAUCCGCUCUGCUGAAACCACAGAUGCAGGAAGUUACAGUUGCCAAGCAGGAGACAACUGCAUGGACUUCACUGUCAAUGUCAGAGAGCCUCCAGUAAUGAUUGUAGAACCUAAGGAUGAUAUCGUGAUGGAGAGCUACAUUUCAGAGGAGAUCCACCUCCAGUGUGAGUUGUCUCGUUCCAGCGGGAAGGUGAGGUGGUUCAAAGACGGCCAGCAAGUGGAGGAAAGUGACAACAUCCAGCUCUUAUCAGAGGGUCCUUACAGAAGGUUGACAAUCCUCUGUGGCUCAGAGGAGGAUGGUGGAGAGUAUGUGUGUGAAACAGAUGGCGACUCUGUCUUUUUCCAGCUUACUGUCACAGUGCCACCGGUAAGAAUCGUUUCUCCCAGUGAACCAGAGGUGGAACUGACCCAUUUGGCUCCAGAGAGGCUGGAGCUCAGCUGUGAAAUCUCCCAGGCGGACGCGCCUGUCCGAUGGUUUAGAGAUAGCCUGGAGGUAGAGGAGGGCCCUAACUUGAUCCUGGAGGUGGAAGGGGCCAAACGUCGGCUGAUUAUUCCUAUAACUACUGUGGAAGAUACAGGAGAGUAUGCAUGUGAUACAGCAGAUGACUCUGUGGCCUUCUUAGUGACUAUUACAGAGCCAGCAGUAAAACUUUCUCGUCCCAAAGCCAUAGCCGACAAACUGGAGAGUGUUGUUGGCAAACCAAUCGUACUGGAAAUCGAAGUGUCGCGGCCAACCGCGGAAGUCAAGUGGUGUCUAAAUGGCAGAGAAAUAGAACAAAGUAGUAAUGUCACCAUCACAGAGGACGGGCUCAUUCGUCGCCUGACUAUCCAUUCUCCCACUCCAGAGGAUUCUGGGAAAUACACCUGCGACGCUUUUGAUGAUAACGUUGAUUUCCAGGUCAAAGUUUCAGAGCCACCGGUGAAGAUUUUAAGAAAGUCAGAGAUGAAGACAAACCUAAAGUUCCUGAUUUCUGAUGACAUUGUGCUGGAGUGCGAGCUCUCCAGAGCUAAUGCUGUGGCCAAAUGGUACAAGGACAACUGUCGUGUUGAGGGUGACGAAAGGUUCUGUGAAGAGGAAGAAGGUGCUUUCCGUUCACUGGUCAUCCUCAAUGCCGAGCUAAGUGACUCAGGAGAGUACUUCUUGGAUGUUGGAGAUGACAGUGUCAGCUUCCAGGUUACAGUAGAAGAGCCUCCAGUCACCAUUGUAGGAAACUCAACUGACCCUGACAUCCAGGAGAUGGUGCCAGGGGAUGACCUGAUCCUGGCAUGUGAGGUGUCCCGUGCAAGUGCCCCUGUCCAGUGGUACUGUAAUGAAAAACUGCUCACCAGUGACUCCCGCACCUACAUUGAGAGCUACGGAACUCUAAGGAAGAUUAUAAUCUCAUGUGUACAGCCCUCAGAUUCUGGAAAGUACGUCUGUGACGCUGUGGAUGAUAAGAUGAUCAGUGUCGUCCGAAUUCAAGAGCCUCCGGUUACAUUUGUCAAUAAGAACGAUGAUAUUGUCGUGACGGGUUACGAGGCCGAGAGCGUGACCUUGACAAGCUACGUGUCCAAGGAAAGUGCUCUAGUGCGAUGGGUGAAAGACUGGACGCCCGUUGAAGGUGAACGCUUCCGAGCGCUCAUGCAGGGCCAUGAGCGCACCCUUACUAUCGAGCCUUUGAGGCGUUCUGAUGCUGGCGAGUACACCUGUGAUGUCAACACAGAUCAGAUCCACUUCAGCCUUCUGGUGAAAGAAAUGAGAAUUAAGUUCGUAAGGCAACUCCAAGACACCGUGGCCCACGCUGAUGGUAUGGUGACCCUUCGCUGCGAGGUGUGCAAGCCAAAAGCAGACGUCCAGUGGUUGAAGAAUGGUGUAGAAGUGGAAGCGGGCAGGAGGUUCACCAUUCGGGCAGAUGGAGUUGAGCGCAGCUUGACUAUCCAUCGUUUAACCCGGGAGGAUGCUGGGGAGUACGUCUGUGAGUCCAGAGACGACAGAACCGUUGCAACUCUGAGAGUAGAGUUGCCUCGAGUGGUCGAAUUUCUCACUGAGCUCCACAACACGACUGUGCUAGAAGGAGAAGAUGCCACCUUUAAGUGUGUCGUUUCUCCAGAGGACGUGCAGUUGGUCUGGCUCAUGGACAAUGAGGCAAUCACCCUGGGAGAUCGUUUCCAGGCUACCCAGAACGGUCUGUGCCACACUUUGGCGAUCAAAAAGUGCCAGAUGUUGGACUGCUCGAAGAUUACAGCAGAAGCCGAAGGAAAAAUGAGCAAAGCCAGUCUCAAAGUUCAGGAGGCACAGGUCAUGUUCACUAAGAAAACGGACGUUGUUAUGGGAGAGGAGUUUGGCGAUGCCACUUUGGAGACAGAGAUCAGCCUGGAGACAGGUGAAGUCCAGUGGAUGAGACAAGGGGUGGUCAUCCAGUCUGGUGGCCGAUACACGUUGGGGCAGGACGGCCGUAAACGCACCCUCACCAUCUACAACCUGACUCUGUCGGACCGAGGAACGUACCGCUGCGAGACUCUGCAUGACAGGACGCAGGUCAAACUCAACGUAGAGCCUCGUAAGAUCUCAAUCCGCAAAGGCCUAACUGACCAAGAAACGUUUGAACGGGAGACCGCCUCCUUUGAGGUGGAGCUCUCCCACACGGAUGUCGAGGGCAUUUGGCAAAAGGACGGGAUCCGGGUGAAGCCAAACAACCAGUGGAGGGUGAGCACCAACGGACACCUCCACGGUCUCACCCUGUCCAACCUCACCUUGGAGGACACCGGCACCAUUGUGUUCUCAGCGGAAGGGGUGCGCACCACAGCGAGGCUCACGGUCAAAGAGACGCCAGUGUCUAUCCUGAAACAACUGACUGAUAUCCGUGUUGAGGAGGAACUUCCAGCCACUCUUGAAUGUGAAUUUUCCAGACAAAAUGUUGAAGUCCGAUGGCUAAAGAACGGCACAGAGCUUAAACCAGGGAAGAACUGUCGGAUCUACUCCAUGGGUCGUAAGAGGUUCUGUCAGAUCCUGCAGAGCUCCCGGGGUGACUCUGGCUCCUAUACGUGUGACACAGGGGAUAUCAGCACAUCCUGUUCACUGGAGGUUUAUGAGCAUGAGCUGGAGAUAGUCCAGGAUCUGGAAGACCUUUACAUCCAGGAAGACCAGAACGCUGUCUUCAUGUGCGAGGUCUCUCUGGAGGACGUAAACGGGGAGUGGUACAAGGACGGACACAGGAUCCGGCCCAGCAGCAGCGUGAAGAUCCGCGCUGAAGGGACCAAACACUUCCUGCUGAUGUGCGGCGUCAAAGCUGAAGAUGCUGGAGAAAUCCGCUUUGUAGCCAGGGAUGUUGAAUCCACAGCCUACCUUGAGGUGGAGGAGCUCCCGGUUUCCAUCGUAAAGCCCCUGCGAGACCGAACAGCCCUGGAGAAGCACCGCGUGAUCCUCGAAUGCACCGUGUCCUCGCCUCGCAGCACCGCGACCUGGUACAGAGGCAGGGAGGAGCUGGUCGCUUCGGGUCGGGUGGAGAUCCUGGCCGACGGCUGCACCCACAAACUAAUCAUCCAGCAGGUGGCUGUAGAGGAUGAGGGCACCUACUCUGUUGAGGUUGGGGAGCACACCUCCAAAGCCAAACUCAUGGUGGAAGCCCAAGCCCUUGUGAUGGUGAAGGAGCUAGAGGACGUCGAGGUGAUGGAGUCAGAGCCGGCGUCUUUCCAGUGCGAGGUGUCCGUGGACAUAAACAAGGCCCCCGUUUGGACUCUGAACGGCGCGGCCGUUCAACCGGGGCCCUCGGUCCGCCUGGAGAACCACGGCACGGUGCACAAACUCACCCUGAGGAGCGCCAGCGUGGACGACAGCGGGACGGUGAAGUUCACCAUGGGCAAGGCCAAGAGCAGCGCCACGCUCCGCGUCACUGAAAAGUAGAGGGACGGGAAAGGGAAGUGACUCUCGCAAGAAAGAUGUGAUUAUUUCGAAGUGAAACUUCUUCAGUGAGGUCGGACUGAACAUUGUCAGUCGAGAUAUUCGUUUUAUACAGUGUAGCUUAUAUUUAUUUGCCCAAUAAAGACAUUCAUUAUGGAAAAUCUCUCAAAAUAAAAAUGCAAAGGUGUCCAUGAA